AUGAGAGGCCCAGCAACCACCUCCAUGUUGGUCGUAGUUUCCUUGGCAGCAUUCUUUGUUGAAGUGUCCAACUCGUUACUGCUGCAGCCACCUGCUACUUCCAGACAGUCUUCCAUCAAUAGAAACAGCAAUGUUAUCUUGGAGCAAAGCAGCUUCACCUAUUCCGAGCUACAACAGUCGCAGUCCAACAACGACAAGGUCCGAGAGUUUCAGGAAAUCAAGAAAAAUGUGGUUCAGUUUCUAUCAAAAAGAGAAUACGAUGGUGCCAAAGAAAUGAUCCGUGCCAUGACAGAAUACCUACAAGAGGAAGAUGGGCUACCAGCCGAAGAUAUGAAAGAAUUGUCACAAGUGGUGGACGGGACCUUUCAUGUAUUCUUCGACCGAGCUUUUGCACCACCCUAUCGUGGGCGUGCCGCUUCGGACCGGGUCUCGUUAGGAGCUUCGCUGAUACAACUUCAAUUGUCUUCUGAAUCACUUUGUGAACCAUACAAUCAAAUUCCACGAAGGACGCUGUUGAGUGGUUUGAAGGCACUGACUGGAGUCAAAGAGUCCAGUCAGACUACCCAUGAUCUGCGAAGCGCCAAUGCGGCAUUCCGAGUAUUGCAACGACUAGUGACUGGAGUCGGCGUUCGUCAUGGAGACAAGAAGAAUGGAAAACUCCACGAGAGUGACUUCAACAGAGUGCUCAACGCCUAUGCAAUCAAUGGCGACAUGACCAUGGCACACAAGGUUGUGGCACUCCAAGAGCGGACUCCUAAUGCUCCUUCUUUGUCAGCAGUAGCCUACUCCAUUCUGCUGAAGGGGUACGGUCGAUUGCGGGACAUUAAUAGCAUUGAAAUGUUGCUGAACCGUGCAAACGCUUGUGGGGUCCAAGCCGACAUUAUCAUGUUGAAUAGUUUGAUUGAUGCCUAUGUGAAUUGCAAUGACCUGGUCACAGCGCAACGAAUCUUUGGUGCACUGAGAGAUCCUCAAAAAAGAGGCGAACUGAGUCCAGAUCAUCAAAAAUUGCUCGACAUGGAACCUGCUCCACUUCCAAAUCAACGAACCUACAACAUUGUGCUGAAGGGGCUUGCCAAAAAUGGCAAACUUCAGGAUGCGCUCCGUUUGACGGAAGAAAUCAGAGAACACGGCUUUUGGGAUCAUGUGACCACCAACACUUUAGUGCAGGCGGCAGUGAAAGCUCGAGACUAUGAGUUUGCCGAAGAACUCUUGAAAAAGUACACGGAGGCUCCAUCAAAAAUGUCGAAAGGACGACACCAAAAUGCCGACGCCUAUACCACGCUCAUUGAUGCUUACUCUAAGAAUGGAGACGUCAAGAAAGCUGCUUUGAUCUUGAAGCUUAUGGGAGCACGAGACCUGAAACCCAACGAGUUUGCCUUCACCCCAGUGAUUGGAGCCUUGGGUCGGAAAGGAAAUGUGGACAAAGCCCGAGGCAUCAUGUCGUAUAUGAGACGACAAGGGUUGAAAGUUAACACCGUGACCUACAACGCUCUCAUUUCUGGGCUUGUUCAUAGGCGAAAUGACUUGAAUCACAUUGAAUUCAAUGCCAAUAUCGAUCAUUCGCUCGGACUGCUGAAAGAAAUGAUGGGAAAGGGAGUUCGACCCAACGCCAACACCAUGGCUGUGAUCCUUGGGGCCUUUGGAGAAUGCGAGGAGCCGCGUGUAGCAGAGGCCAUGACAUUGAUUGAAACACUACAUGCUGAUCGAGUUGUCUCGUUACGCAACAUCAAGGUUGCCACAUCUAUCAUUCAACUCCAAAGUGCCGCUGGGGACUUGCGUGGUGCGUUGAAGGCAUUUGAAGGGAUUCAGAAGCCAGAUGUGACAGCUAUCAAUGCCUUGUUACAUGCUUGUACCCUGUGCCAGAACGAUUCCAUGGCCCGCAAGACAUUCAAAUACUACUUUAGCGAAAAGAGUAGGCGCCAAGUGCCAGAUGUGACAUCCUUUUCCUCCAUUAUCACUUGUCUACUCCAAAAGAACUCGUUGAAGGGAUCCAUGGCAGCACAAAAGUUGUAUGAAAACAUGAAAUACAAGAGACGGAUUGUUCCAGACAAAGCCUUGGUGGACAUUAUCCUCAAGACAUUGGUGGAACACAGUAGAACCCGAAGUAUCCACCCACAGGAGGUUCGAUUCAUUGCCGGAGUGUUGCGAGAUGCGGAAAAGAUGGAGUGGGCCGAAGGACAACUCGAAAAACGAAAAAUGUCCAUCCAAGUGGUCAUGAGUGGUCGGAUGGCGGAUACUUGGGAAGAAGAAGCCAGCCUAUUUGGUUUGAACGACUCGGUGGAUAGGGAGGAUGACAUAUUCAAAGAACAUGGUUGGAACCAGGUGGAUUCCGGUUUUCAAUUAUGGGGCAAACGGCAAGCGAUGGUGGACGAUGUCUUUCUUCGUUCCAAGGGAUGGAACAGUGUCGAUUCCGGUUUCCGCAUUAUUUGA